CCACCGCCCCACAAGGCUUUGCGCUCCCUCCCGCCCAAGAUGGCGCUGCUGGGCGCCGCGCCGAGCUUGGCGGCGGCCGCUUGUCGCCGGCGGCGCCUGCUCCUCGCCCUCGCCCUGCUGAGGCCUCCGUCCGCUGCCGCCUGCUCGCACGGCUGGGCGGCGGGGAGAGGGCGGCAGCGGGCCCGGGGCGCCCCGGGGAGCGGCGAGAUUUUACCAAUCUGCAAGCAAAGACCAUGGCAGAGCCUGGUGGGAGGUUAUUCAAGACCGUUAUUGGAGGCAUCAGAGAUCUUCCCAAGGUUGCGACUGAUAGAGAAGAGGAUGUGUUGGCAUGGUCAUGCAGGUGGAGGGCUUCACACAGAUCCAAAGGAAGGGCUGAAGGAGAUAGAUGCCAAAAAGAUUGUCAGAGCAAUGUUGUCUUACGUGUGGCCCAAGGACAGACCAGACCUGCGAGCCAGAGUAGCCAUAUCUCUGGGGUUCUUGGCAAGUGCAAAGGCCAUGAAUAUACUGGUUCCUUUCAUGUUCAAAUACGCAGUGGACAACCUCAACCAGAUAUCAGGAAACAUGCUGAACCUGAGUGAUGCACCGAAUACCGUCGCAACUGUGGCAACUGCUGUUCUCAUUGGCUAUGGCAUCUCAAGAGCUGGGGCAGCAUUGUUUAAUGAAGCUAGAAAUGCAGUAUUUGGGAAAGUAGCGCAAAAUUCAAUCAGAAGGAUAGCAAAGAAUGUGUUUUUGCAUCUUCAUAACCUGGAUUUAGCAUUCCACCUAAGUAGGCAAACCGGAGCUCUGUCAAAAACCAUUGACAGAGGAACGAGAGGUAUCAGCUUUGUUCUUAGUGCACUAGUAUUUAAUCUGGGACCUACCAUGUUUGAAGUGGCGCUAGUCAGUGGAAUUCUGUACUACAAAUGUGGUGCGGAGUUUGCAUUAGUAACCCUGGGGACACUGGGAGCAUAUGCAGCAUUCACAAUAGGAAUUACGCAGUGGAGGACUAAGUUUCGAAUAGAAAUGAACAAAGCAGAUAAUGAUGCAGGUAAUGCUGCAAUUGAUUCGCUACUAAAUUAUGAGACUGUGAAGUAUUUUAAUAAUGAGAAAUAUGAGGCCCAACGGUAUGAUGGAUUCUUGAAGACAUAUGAAAAUGCUUCUCUGAAGACUACCUCUACUUUAGCUCUCCUCAACUUUGGACAAAGCGCUAUAUUUAGCGUUGGCUUAACAGCCAUCAUGGUGCUUGCUAGCCAGGGCAUUGUUGCAGGCAGCCUGUCUGUUGGAGAUCUCGUAAUGGUGAAUGGAUUGCUGUUUCAACUUUCUCUUCCCCUGAACUUCCUGGGAACAGUAUACAGAGAGACAAGACAAGCACUUAUAGAUAUGAAUACACUGUUUACGCUUCUCAGUGUAGAUACCAAAAUCAAAGACAAAGAACUGGCUCCACCCCUGCAGAUCACACCACAGACUGCUGCCAUCGCCUUUGAUAAUGUGCAUUUUGAAUACCUUGAGGGGCAGAAAGUCCUUGCUGGCGUGUCUUUUGAAGUCCCUGCAGGAAAGAAAGUGGCCAUUGUAGGAGGUAGUGGGUCAGGGAAAAGCACAAUUGUGAGAUUGUUGUUUCGUUUCUAUGAACCUCAGAAAGGAAAUAUUUAUGUUGCUGGCCAGAACAUACAAGAUGUCAGUUUGGAAAGUCUGAGAAAGGCAAUAGGAGUUGUACCUCAGGAUGCUGUUCUGUUCCAUAACACCAUCUAUUACAAUCUGCUCUAUGGCAAUAUCAGCGCAACACCAGAAGAGGUGUACGCCGUAGCAAAGUUGGCAGGAAUCCACGAUGCUAUUCUCCGAAUGCCUAAUGGUUACAACACCCAAGUUGGUGAACGAGGCCUCAAGCUCUCAGGAGGAGAAAAGCAAAGAGUUGCAAUUGCUAGAGCCAUGUUAAAGGAGCCACUUAUUUUUCUCUAUGAUGAAGCCACAUCUUCUUUAGAUUCAAUUACGGAAGAGAAUAUUCUCAGUGCUAUGAGGGACAUAGUGAAACACCGAACGUCAGUUUUCAUUGCCCACAGGUUGUCGACAGUAGUUGAUGCAGAUGAAAUCAUUGUGCUGGAUCAGGGUAAAGUUGUGGAACGUGGUAGACAUGCAGAACUUCUUGCAAGUCCUAGCAACCUCUAUUACGAAAUGUGGCACACGCAGAGCAGCAAAGUACUAAAUAGUCAUAAUGAUCCAAACUGGGGAGAGAAAAGUAAUCAGAUGUCCAAAGAGGAGGAAAGGAAGAAGCUACAAGAAGAAAUUAUCAAUAGUGUGAAAGGCUGUGGAAACUGUUCAUGCUAAGUAUGAUCCUGGAUUAAUCUGUUAUAGCAGGUUCCAAUACACACAAGGUUACAGUGAAGCACAGCUCUUGUAUUUUCUUUUUUUUAAGUCAACAUUCAAAAACUUCCUGGGUCUUGCAGUUCUGCGGUUUUACAGUUUCAGAGGGACAUAAUUUCAGCCAAAGGAGUUUUAAUUCUACAUCUUUGCAAAUCUCCAACGUUCAGUGGCAAUCUGCAAGAGUUGAGUUUUUUCAAAAACAAACUUACUUCUCAAGUAAGAGUGUACUUUAUGGCAAUUUUUAGGCAUUGGUAAAUUCUCUUGGUAGUUGCUUUGAGAUGGAUUAUUAAAUUGUAAACAGACUUGUCCUUGAUUUAGAUUUUCUCAUCAUUAUUGAUUGAUAAAUGUCAUGUUUUAAUUGUAAUUAGGCUAAUUUGAGCUCAGUUGCUAGUGAGGAAGAUGCAAUUUAAAUUCUGGAGUGGUGUUCUGGUUUGAAAUUUUCUUCCAUGUGAAGAAGAAGAGACGCUUCAACAAAAUGUUGCAGGUUUCUAGUAGCAAGCUAAGUAUUGGAAUAAUCCACCUCACUCUUAAAAAAAAAAACGCCUUUCAUCACAGACUAUCUGGAAAUGUAUUGGUAUUCUUUUAAAAAAACAUACAAUAUUUUUAAGAGCUGGCAAAAAUCUGGAAUUGAAAAAAUUUGGUACAACUUUACAGAAAAUUUACAGAAAACGUACAAAAGGUUGCAUGCAAAUAUUAAGAAUCUGAAGCUUUUCCUUAAAUUAAAACUAGUGCAAGUUCAGGUUUCCUUAUCUUCAACAGCUGCUAUAGGAGUCAAGGCAGAAUGCAGUCACUUUCUGUUUCAGUGGUGGUCUUAGGGAGCAAUUAGGAUUCAAUAAAAACUUCCAUGAAUUUCUAUUAUGUCAUUAAUGUGUCAAAAAAUGCCUGGAUAAUAUUGAAAGUGUAGCUGUAAGAAUCUCCGGAUUUCAGUAGUCAAAAUGUCUUUAGUGCCCAGAAACCUCAAUCUUUGUGAUUUGCGAGACACUAUGGGAUUGUAUUUUUUUUUUAGGCCUUAUCUCUUCAGGGAGAUUUACCGUAUCUAUUUAUCACUAGUUACUCUGGUAUAAUUCCUCAUCUUGGAAUUAAAAAAUAAAAAAUCUUACUCUUGGAUGAUGAAAAGCAACUGUUUGUUUUUUUUCUGGGAAAUUAUACCAGUAUAAUUACACCCAAUAAUUACGCUAGUAAAUCAGGUGCAAAAUUUCUUAGUGUGGGCACUAGCAAAGCACUGGAUUUGAUGCUUCUGGCAACUUUUUUCUAAAUAGCAUUUAUUCUUUUGUUGUACCCUUCUCUGCAACAAAAUACAGGAACAGUAACUUAAAGGAACUACAACCUUUAUCUUUUCUGCCAGUCACUCAUUUUCCCUCUAUAACAGAUUUUUUUCCUCCACCAUUGUAAUUAAUCCCCAGUUAAAAAUUACUUGAAAAUUGCAUCAAAUGCAAGGACUCUUAUUUUCAUCCUCAGAGUCCACAAGCCUUGCUGAUGUAGUGACAGUUCCGAAUUCCUUUAGCUUACAAUCUUCCUUUUAUUUCUGCUAAUUAAUUCUCUUUUCUUUUUUUAGUUUCUAACAGCAGUGUUGUUGAUUGUAAAGGUGCAGUUAUCUCUGAACUGCCAGAAACAGUUAGCAAAAGGUUGAUGCAAGUGUUGAGAUGUCUCCCUUUCCUAUAUUGUGGCUAAUAAAAAAUAAAAAUAGAUUAAAAAAAAAAAAAAACACCCAAAAAGAAAACAUGUCAUUUCUCUCUGAUCCCCUUCCACACCUCAAGAGCUAGUUUUUGGAAUUAAAUAAUUUUUCUGCUGCUUCAUACAGUGGAUAAUGUACAAAGGCUGUAAAUAGUAUUUCAAUUAAGAACAUUUUUUCCCCCUUUGUCACGAGCUUUAGAAACAAGUCUGAAAAAUGGAGGAAAAGUUUCCUUUUUUUUUUUCCUUGAUGAGCAAUUUCCCAUAUUGCAGGGCUUAGACAUCCUAGUAGUUGUCUGAAGUUGAUGCAGAAGCUAGCGUUAUGUUCUAAACAGCCUGAACCCAAAAGCCAUUUUAAUGCCAAGCUUGAUUGUGAAGGUAAGCUUUCAGGUUAACAAACGAUUAUACAAAGCUGAUGGCUUUCAUCACUGGGGAUGGGUUCUGCAAAUGCCCCAAGGGUCUUGAGUAUUACAGGUUUGGGUCAAAGACUGUUUUCAGAUGUUAAAUACCAGAAGUGGUCAAAGUUUAAACCUGUAAAAGGUUUGGUGUAGCUGUAAGGCCAUUACCUGUCUCUGCCAUCCUUUUUUGGUGCCAACCCACAUGCCGAAGCUUUGAGCAAACUGGAUGACUGCUAUUAAUCCUUAACAAAGACAUUCCCUAAAAAAAGGAGGGUAGUCACACAGGAUAUUUCUUUUAAAGAGUUGCAGUGAGGUUUUGGAGAUGUCUGAUAACUUGAUGUGUUGCGGAGUUGCUAGAUAAACACUCUGGCUUCUUUGUCGCUUUGAGUGAAUGGUUUUUGUGCUCGUCCAUCUGCUUCUUAGGCACAGGUUACAAAAAAAUAAGCUUUCCCGUUAUAAAUUUAGCAGAAAUGGAAAAACAAAAAGGUUAAUGAUAGCAAAAGUUCCCCCUGGUUACCUUUGCAAUUUAAAUGGUGAAACACUUCCUGUAAACGCCGAAAAAGUCAAUGCGUAGCUGAAGAGUUGUAAAUAAGCCAAUGAGGCUCUGCUGUCAGCAGCCUCGCACAGUUCUGUCGAAUGGCUGCAGUGAUAAAAUACUGAGUGAUGCGUUCAGCUUGUGAGCAGGCAUCUUGGAGAAGUAGUAGCAACGCUUGGUGAUUCUUUUGUCUGCUGGAAGGUAAAACUUUUUGUCUCAGGCUUCUUUGUUUGUUUGGAGUUUUUAUGUACUGUGACUCCAAAACCGUUUUCGGCAGACAUUUAACACCCGAUGAUGGGAGAGUCAUGUCUUUGAGGGCUUGGUCGCUGUAGCACACCGGGUCUCAAGAUGGUUUGUAUGGCAUCUUUUUAUAAAGCCUUACAAUUUUAGAGGAAAAAGAUAUAUUUUGGAUCUCAUUCUAAUAACCUCUGUGAAUUUUAGUAAUUCUGCUUCUCUGUAGUCUGAAACACCGCUUAUUCUAAACAGCUUUUCAUAUUCUGGAAAUUUUCCUGGACUUCUAGCUGGUCAUUUUUCAAAAGUCAAGUCAUUUAGUACCAUUAUAAAAUCUGUGUUUUUAGAGUGGAAAAAGCCAUUCACUUUUUUUUAAUGCUCUAUUUAUAAAGGAAAUGUAUUAGUGAAAUAUCGACAUAAAAAAGUGGCUGCUGCUUGCCGGAUCUAGUCUACUGUAAACUUACAGAAUUUAGUUUUAAUUCCUAUGCAAGAUCUUUUAAGCAUGGGAAACAACACGUUUUGCCUAUUGUACCCUCUAGGUUAGCAAACUACGUAGUUGGUGGAGAGGUUGAUGGUGUUUUGGUUGUUACAAAUGGAAGUUUAUAACUUGCUACUUGCAGAUGACCCCUCAGUUUAUUCUCAGCAAUGCUGUUAUAUAGAUUAGUAGUUACCUCCAUCUCUUAAAAUUAAGAUUUUAAAUUAUGUGCAAAUUUCUUUUCCGAAUGGAAAUGUAAAAUAUACAUUGUACAGUAAGCUGAUAAUGUUCAAGAACAACGAGAAGAGCUAGCUUCAGAUCAUAUUGUGUAAACAGCUUGAUGGAAGACUUCUUACCCUGACUCCUCUUGUUCAUCUGUGUACAGAUAAUUAUUACUAAAUAAAGGAUUUAUCUUUGUGAAUAGA